CGCUAAUCUCCCCAUAGAUUAGUUGAGGUGCGCCUAAGCUGGCCGCACACCUUGGUUAACAAAAAAAAAAAAAUUUGUUUUGGCAUUCUAUAUAUGCUCUCUAUUAUUUUAUUUUACAGUGGAUUGAUACUAAAAACCCCUGGGUAAGAGGGAGAGGGAGGGUUCCAUUGCCAGUUUUCAAUACAUGAAGAUCUAGGAGCUAAGAUUACUAUGCACUUUCCCUCAAUCAAAGCCAAAGCCAGUGGCUCAUUCAAAACAAUAUAUACCUCAAUACUACCUUCAACAACGGGAACAUCUACUCUUCACCAUUCAGAUAAAAACGAGUGCAGCACCAAGAGAGUAGCAGAACAGAGUUGUUUAGCUCUGCUAGAUACCUGUAACUCUGUCCCCAAACUCACUCAACUUCACGCUCACCUCUUCAAAUCUGGUCUCCAAAACAACCCAUUUGUCCUCACUAAAUUCGUUUCCACAUCCUCUGACCUCAACGUGAUCGACUAUGCCGUCUCGCUCGUUUUCUCCGACACCAAUUCCACUUCCAAUGCACAACCCUGUUACGAUACCUUUCUUUUCAAUACCAUCAUUCAAGCCUACGCCCAAACCAGCCACGCCAAGCACAAUGCCAUCUCUUCUUACCAUCUCAUGCUUCGAUUGUCUGUUACACCCAAUAAAUUCACCUUCCCCUUCCUUCUCAAAGCUUGUGCAGGCCUCCUUGACCUGAAUUUGGGCAAACAAGUUCAUGGGUCUGUCGCUAAACUUGGAUUCGAUACCGACCUUUAUGUUCAGAACACUAUGGUUCACAUGUAUUCUUGCUGUGCUGGGGGAAUUGAGUUUGCUCGCAAGGUGUUCGAUGAUAUGCCCAAGUUGAACCCUGUGACUUGGAGUGCGAUGAUUGGUGGGUAUGCACGUCUGGGUUUGUCUACAGAUGCUGUUGGACUGUUUCGGAGAAUGCAGAUUGAUGGGGUUAGACCUGAUGAGGUUACUAUGGUUUCGGUUCUUUCUGCAUGUGCUGAUCUGGGUGCUCUUGAACUUGGGAAGUGGAUUGAGUUUUAUGUUGAAAAAGAAGGGAUUUCAAAGAGAGUAGAGCUCUGCAAUGCACUCAUUGACAUGUUUACCAAGUGUGGUGAUAUUGAUGAAGCUGUGCGAUUAUUUAGAAAGAUGAAUGAAAAGACAAUCGUGUCUUGGACUUCUGUGAUUGUGGGUAUGGCUAUGCAUGGCCGUGGUGCAGAGGCUGUUGCUUUCUUUGAAGAGAUGAAGAGAGAUGGGGUUUUCCCAGAUGAUGUUGCCUUCAUUGGGUUACUUUCAGCCUGUAGCCAUUCUGGGAUGGUUGAAGAGGGUCAACGUUAUUUCGACUCAAUGAGGUCUGAGUUUGCCAUUGAGCCUAAGAUAGAGCAUUAUGGUUGCAUGGUGGAUUUGUUUGGCAGAGCCGGGCUUGUCAGAAAAGCCCUGACUUUCGUUCAAGAGAUGCCUAUUGAGCCAAAUCCCAUAAUUUGGCGAACCUUGGUUAAUGCUUGUCGGGUUCAUGGGGAGCUUGAGCUUAGUGAGAGCAUCACUAAGCAGCUGAUAGGCACUGAGCCAAUGCAUGGAUCAAAUUAUGUCUUGUUAUCAAACAUCUACGCAAAAAUGUUUCAAUGGGAGAAAAAAACAAAGAUUAGAGAAGCGAUGGGGAUGAGAGGGGUCGGGAAGGUCCCAGGAUGCACCAUGAUUGAGCUGAAUAAUGAGAUCUAUGAAUUCACCGCAGGAGAUAAAACUCACAAUCAGUACAAAGAGAUCUACAAGAUGGUGGACGAGAUGCAUAGGGAGAUGAAGAGGGCUGGGUACAUCCCUACAACAUCUGAGGUGUUACUGGACAUUGAUGAGGAAGACAAGGAAGAUGCCUUGAAUAGGCACAGUGAGAAGCUGGCCAUUGCUUUUGCACUUCUGAAAACCACACCAGGGACCCCAAUCCGUAUUGUGAAGAACUUACGUGUUUGUGGCGACUGUCACUCUGCUACAAAGUUCAUUUCCUUGGUCUAUAGUCGAGAAAUUGUGGUGAGAGAUCGGAACCGGUUUCACCAUUUUCGGGAUGGGUCAUGUUCGUGCAGGGAUUUUUGGUGAGCAUCUACUAUGCCCUUAACUGCAAUACCAUACUGAUACCAUCUGUAAAAAAAAAAUCUGAUGAGAGAAUAGAUCAAAGAUUGAGAUAGGUUGCAGCAUGAUCAAACUUAGUGAUGAGAUCUACAUAUUACUUCGGGUGGAAUGUUGUGUCAUUUCUUUGACUUACUAGACAUUGGCAAAUAAGAUGAGGAAGGGGCAUUGAAUAUGCAUAAUUGAAAACAGGUUGUUGCUUGCAUCCACCUCUCAGUAUGACACAAGGGACCAUAGCUUGUGAUGUUUUAAACAAUUGUUCCAUGACCAAGUCUGUCUUCAUAGUUGAUGCUUAAGAAAUUUUGUUCCGGCAUUGGAAUCAUCUUCACCAUUUCAGGGACAAUUAUCUCUGAGUAGAGAUUUUGGGUGAGAAAUAAUCUGCUUUUGUGACUUCAAUAUCAAAUCAUGUGGUCACUGGCACCAUAAACCCAUUCUUUUGGAGGGUCAGAAUACAACCCACACAAUGUACUGAACAAAGGAAAGUAAACUUCAUUCUGGUAUCCAUGCCGUCAAUGUACCAUGAAUUAUGUUUAUGAAAUUAAAAUCAGCUGCUGUUUUGAUGGAUA